AUGGCGCAGUUUGGAUUCCCCACCACUUCCGACGAGGCUGCAGAAGCUCUGAGUGCGUCGAUUCGCAACAAGACUAUCAUUAUUACUGGUGUCAGCCCCGGAAGUCUCGGUGCAGAUACCGCGCGCGCCCUGUUGGCCCACCAACCAGCGCAGCUGAUCCUGGCGAGUAGGAGCGAAAAGAAAAUCAAUGAGGUCAUCGCCUCUCUGGUCAUACCGUCUGAGACUGUUGUCCGAUCGCUCUGUCUGGACCUUUCAUCUCUCAAGGCAGUUCGCGCUGCGGCUGCGCAGGUGUCAGAAUGGGUAGCUUCUAUUGAUGGCCUGAUAUGCACUGCUGGUAUUAUGGCGACCUCGACCUACCAGACUUCCGUGGACGGCUUCGAGCUUCAGUUUGCCAUCAACCACCUGGGUCACUUCCUCUUUACCAAUCUACUGAUUGAAAAGCUUUUGGCCGCACCAGGUGGUCCAACCGUAGUGAACUAUACCAGCGAGGCGCACUCUCGCGCGGAAAUGGGUUUCUUGGACGACCUAUCUUAUGGCAGCCAUGGCGAUAAUUACAACAAGUGGCUAGCUUACAGCAAUUCCAAGGCCUGCAACAUUCUUUUCUCGGUCGGUUUGGUCCAGAGGUUUGGUGCGCGAGGCCUCCGAUCCUUCGGCGUUGACCCCGGUAUCAUCGUGACGACUUCGUUGACGCGUAGUGUCCCACCAGAGGACUUCAUCGCUCUAGGCUGGGUUGAUGAACAGGGCAAACUGAGCUCCGCCAUAAAAACAAAGACUUCAGCAGAAGGGUCAUCAUCUGCGAUCAUUGCCGCUUUUGACAAUACACUUACUAAUGAAAAAGGGUAUUUCGUCACCGAUGGUGUUAUUUCCAACAUUAGCCUAAACCAUGAUUCCGUGGACCCAGAUACGGCGAAUAAGCUAUGGAAACUAAGCGAGAAGUUGACAGGUCUGGUACCGGAAUGA